AUGGCUGACUCGGUCGAUCGAGUAUUCGUCCAUGCUCUCAACACAGUCAAAAAGAUUCCCAAGACCGGCGCAUCACGGCCGCCGCCGUCCGAUCGACUCCGGCUAUAUGGCCUCUACAAGCAAGCAAUGGAGGGAGAUGUCGAUGGUGUCAUGGAACAGCCCACAGCAGGACCAUUCCUCACGUCGGAAGAACUGCACAGAGAAAGAGAUAAAUGGGACGCUUGGAACUCGCAAAAAGGUCUGAGCCGAACGGAAGCCAAGCGGAGAUAUGUGGAGGCUCUCAUCGAGACCAUGUAUCGAUAUGCCAAUACAACUGACGCCAUUGAGCUCGUUACGGAAUUAGAAUUCGUAUGGAACCAAAUAAAGCACAACUCUCCGAGCUCGACCGAUUCAUCCCCGAAGGCAGCCGGGUCAAGUAAGGCACCUCGCACAUUCCAACAACCAUUAAGUGGCAGCGAAGGUCCUAUGAAGAUCUUGAGCCCAAUGAGUGAGCAAGACGAAGCCGAGUUGCGGUCCCAACGCCUGAUGGAUCUUGACGAUGCCAUGGAAGAGAGCAGAGAACAGAAAUCGUCAAGGUGGCAGAAGAAGGUGGAACGAGCCGUGACAAAGCUAUCAGCUGAGGUUGCGGCCUUGAGGGAACAGAUAACAACUGGCCGAGAGUGGCGAUCGAAGAAGGAACGAAGCUUUCCAACGUGGUUUGGUUGGAUUCUCUGGGUCUUCUUGAAGCAUCUGAUAGCGGAUUUCGUCAUUCUUGCCAUCAUCUUGAUUUGGAUGCGGAGACGCAAGGACAGACGACUGGAGGAUUUGGUUCGCUCUGCACUCAAACUUGUGCGAGAAUACGUGCGAAAGGUCUUGCCGGCGAGGUGA